AUGGUUGGUGGAUCAAAUGAUUCAACUACAAAUAAAUUAAACUUGUUCAAAUUUGCUUCAAAAAGGAAAUCUUCAACUAAUUCAAUAACAAAACAAGAUAAACGUGAUGGUCAACAACAACAACAACAAGAAUCAAAAUCAAAUGAUUUAGACCCUAUAGAUUCACACAAAAGUUAUGACCGUUACCAUGAAGAUGAUGAAAAUGCUGUUGCUGAUGAUGAUGAUGAUGAUGAUGAAAAUAAUAUUCAUUCAUAUCAUCCAGAUGGUUAUUAUUCACCAAAUCAAAGAAAAGAUUUUGAAGAAUCAAAUCAAUAUUUCCCACCUUUCCAUUCUCCAAGAUCACCUUCUGAAUCUUCUUUAAUUUUUGAAAGAUCUGUUGAAGAUCCAACUCAACUUUAUCAACAACCAACAUGUGCCAGAUGUAAUACUAAUAAUAAUGGUUCACAAGGGAAAUUAAAUUGUAAUCAUCAAUCAAUUGUUAAUUUACCUUCACAUUAUUCUGUGGAAAAUUUUGUUUCUCCAUGUCUUGAUGCAACAACCAAAAUACUUAGUGAUGAAAAUACAAAUUUAGAUAAUGUUGAUAUGGUUUAUUCAAGACGUCCAUCAAGUGUAAUGGGUUUAAAUAUGGCUUUAGGUCGUAAUAAAUCAUUUCUUGGAGAUCAACAACAAUAUCCAGAAUCAAGUUCAAAUUCAAUUUUUUCACCAAAUUCAAGAUCAAAUUCAUUUGCAAAUAUAAAUAAUUCAAAUAUUGAUGAAAAUGGUACACCAAAAAGACCUCCAACUUUAAGUUUUUAUUCUUAUGCUGAUAUGAUUAAUAAUGAAAAUCCAAACCCAAAAAGACCUUCAAUUAGUCAAUCAUUAUCUUCAUCAUUUAUAAAUUCAAGAUCAAAUUCAAUUGUUAAUUCUAAAUCAAAUUCAAGAUCAAAUUCAAUUUCACAAAUUCAUAAUAAUCAAAAUUUUAUUUCAAAUGCUGCAAAUUCAAUAACUCCACAAAGACAUGGAUUAAUUAGACCACCAAAUUCUCAAUCAACAACAAGACCAGGAUCAUUUUCUCAACAUUCAUAUAAUAAUAAUCCUUUUAAUAAUAAUAAUAAUAAUAAUAACCUUGCACAAUCUGGAUUAAAUAAAAAAAAAUUUCAAUUAACUCCUGAUUCACCAAAUUCUUCAGAUUCUGAAUCUGAUUUCCCAAAUUCAAUUAAAUCAAUUAAUCAAACAUCAUCAUCAUCACAAUUUCCAAAAAGAAGAACCUCAUCAAUUCAUUCAAAUUCCAAAAAAAAUAUAACAUCAUUAAAUCAAAAUUCAUUAAAUAAAACAAUAUCAAAUCAAAGUUCCCUUAAAUCAAAUCAUUCAUAUCAUUCAAUACCAAAUUCUUUUAAUAAUCGUCAAUUUAAUCAAUUAAAUGAAGAUGAUGAAAGUUUUGUUGUUAGUUCAAUUGGUGAUACUUUAAGAAAAAAUAAUGGUGAAAUUAAUGGGAAUUCAGAAAUCUCUAAAUCAAGUCAAAAUAGUAUUAUUGCUUGA